CAGAAGAAACUACUGGGACAGACGUAAAUGUGAUUUCUGAAGAAUUAGCAAAUGAGUCAUCUGAUAUUAUAGAUUCUGAUUUAGAUGAAAAUCCAAUAGAAAAUGUUGAAAAUGAAGACACAGAUAUGGAUGACGUUUAGUCUAUAUAAAGGAGAGUGUCAAAAAGACGUCAUUUGAGACACCAUGUGGGAUAUUCGGAAAAAAAGUUAGUUCAUACAUUCGCGUCGCUUCAUGGUUCCUGAACGGUUACCCAUCCAAACUGACGCUGCUUAAACUCGAUGAUCGGACGGCUAGCAGUGAUCUCAAUGGCAACAUUUCUGUGAUUUAUGCAUUUAUGCAUUUUUGUGUGAUAUAUCCUCAACAUGUUUACAAACAUGUAAUAACAUAUUUACCGAUAGACAUAAAAAAAAACGCAACAAUAGUUGAUAUUAAUAUAAUCCAUUUUUAUUCCAUAAACUAGAUAGACUUAACACACAUAUAUAGUGGAUGUGAACAGAAGAAAGUAUAUUUAUACUUACCACGCAAUAUGUAUUUUCUAGCAAAAAAAAAAAACACCUAAGCAAACUACGAGCCGAAUCUCUGUCAAUUUCUCGAUUCUUAAGACAAUAUUUUAAGGAGUGUUAUCCGCGAGGCUCUGCAUAGCUGCAUAAAAACAAGCACACGUGUUAUCACAAUUGCCCAGCAGAGUAUAUAAUCGGUGUAAACGCACUAUCCGGCAUCAAUCUGCGAAGUUGCGUCGAAGAUGAAGAUUCCAACGAUACUCGUGACGUCUCUCUUGGUUUGGGGGCUCGCUAGCGGUCGAGUCAUCGAGUCGAGCGCAACGGCAUCUGCAGAGGCGUCAGCUUCGGCAUCAGCUGGUCAUAUCGGCUUGCUGCACGGUAAGCGUCAGCACUUGUUGAGGGAGGGAAAGAAGAUUGGUGGACUUAUAGAGACAUCGCUGAACGCGCCCGCUCUGAAGGUCGGCAUCAAGAAUGGUGGGCUCGACGUUGCGAAGGGUGCAGCGGUCAUUGAAGCGUCGAUGUCGGACGUGGCGGCCCGUUCGGAGUACGGUUCCAUCGAUCUCGGUUUAGGCGUAGUCGCGAAUAACGCUGAGAUAUUGGCCAAUGCACAGGCCGCUACAAGCGCAGACGCUAGCGCCAACGCCAAUAACGCUGUCGCACAGGCGAUUGCGGCAAUGGAGAUCGCCGACAAGGCCGAAUACUAUGCGGCGAUCCACGUUACACAGGCCGCUAAGGCAGCGGAGGCCGCGAUGGCUUCAGCCGCUCGCGCCGCCGCGGCCGCUGACGCCGCUAAAGUAUCUUCCGAGGAAUCGCUUGCGUCCGCCAAUAAAGCCGCCACCACCGAGACCAAGGCCAAUGCCGCGUCCAUAAUCGCUAACAAGGCAAAUGCCGUGGUGGCGGAAUCCGCUGCCGUGCUCGCGGCUGCAGCCGCUAAGGCUAAGGAGUCCGCGGUGAGAUCCCAGAACGCUGCACGAGCCUCUGCGAAAGCACAAGCCGAGAUCGCUCGGGCCAGUGCCGAGGCCUUGAUCGCUCUAGCCAAAGCCAAAGCCGCCGUCGACCGUGCGGCCGCCGACCAGGCCGUGUGCACGUCCCAGGCCCAAGCUGCCAUCCAAAUUCAAUCAAGAGCCUCCGCAUCCGAGUCUGCAGCGUCCGCCCAAUCAGAAACCAACACAGUCGCGGCCGAGGCUGUCGCUAUCGCAGAUUCUGAGGCUGUUGCUCAAGCACAAGCGUGGCUCCAGUCGCUAAAACAUGACAUGUGGCUGCGCUAUAAUAUGAAAGGAGAAGCUAAGGCGGAAGCCGAAGCUGUCUCGGUCAGCAAAGGAUAUCAUGGUAUCCACAGGGCAGGCGCUAGCGCGGAAGCUAGAGCUGGGGCGAGCAGCAAUGUGUCAACGGGCGGACGUCACGGACGCAAAGACAGCGUUUCUGCUGCGUUAGCAGCCGCUUCCGCUGCCAGUAGCAGCGAGGCAAUGUGAAAACGCUACAGCUCCCAUUUCAAAAAUAUGUCUCAACAGCGGACGUAGAAAUAUUGAUUACACCGAUAUACUGUAGGUUAGCACACGAUUACACUGGCAGAAGAAAGUUACAAAAAAGUAGCUAUUUGUUUCGAGAAUUGUAAGAAUAAAAAUAAAUUGUUAUAUAGCAGCUUAAACAUUUUUCUCUCUGUUUCCCUUCUUGCCUUUGUUCAUUAUAAUAUUCGUGUAUAAAUUUAUCCCUAAAUUAUACACAAUUCUA